AUGCUGCCAUGGUUUUGGGUUUGCUGUACCUCAAAGCCUCUGGCCUCACCAGAGGAUGAUACAGACGACUUCCUCUUCCGCGGCGACCGUCCGGACUCACAGAUUCGCAGCAGCACUCCGAUCUGCAAGCACCAUCGCGUGCUGCAGGCCAGCUUUGGAUGGUGCUCACUGUAUUCUGGUGUUCUGGCAACCUUUGAAACGCAGGGCGCGUGUUUCUACUCCCUUUCUUCUCCCUCAUUUUUUCCCCUUUUUUUUGGGUCGCCCAGUCUCCUGCCCCGCUGGUGCCGAGGUCCCCGGCUCCCAUUGUCCGCCCUGGUCCUGCGGUCCCCUGGUCCCCUGUGGUCCUCCUGUCUUUGGAGCCGUGCGAACUUGCUGUCAAGAGAUUCCGGCCGUCAAUGCACAUUCCGUGUUUUCCUUCAAAAUCCUAUCCAAAGCCAUCAUUACAAGCAUUGCAUUCAUUGUAUUCGCAAGUGGGGGGGCGCGGGGGGUGCCCCCACUCCUCGUAACUACUCGUAUCUACUCGUACUCCAUUCAAUUUUAUUCUUUGUCUCGGCUUCGGACUGA